AUUCAUAUGGCACCUGAACGCAGCAGUGCUCCAGGCUAACAUUAGCUCUUCGUGCAGUGCUAUGACUUAAGGAAGACUAAAGGUAAUGCGACUUUUGAUAUAAAUGUGGUUGCUUUUAGUAAAAUAACCCUACGGGAAAUUUCACGGACACUAUUUGGAUCUCACAUAAGUCUGACUGUGCUGUAUUUAAAUCAGUGAGACCUCUCGGAGACAUGGAAAUUAGGAGCUCUUCACUUGUAGCUCAGUUCGUGCUAGCUGUGUUGCUAGCUUCCCCACACUCUGCUCUGUUUGUUUAAUAGGAGAACCCACUGAGCAACAGCAACGUCAGCUAGUUCAUGCAAAGUUAUCGAGACAGAAAAUAAUACUAUCAUUGUCUUUUUUGUACGUGUAGUGUCAGUUUUGAUGCUUAAAAUUUCACCAGAAGGAUGUUGUGCCAAACUUGACAGACAUCCUGGGCCAAAGUCCGUGAAUGUUGGGUCUCCUACGAACAGGUGCACUAAAGAAAGGCCAGGUGUUAUGCACGAUUUGGUAUCCCAACCUCAAAACCUCUGCCUUAAAUUGUCUGUACACACUGUAAAUGCAACGUCCAUUUUAGAUAGUGACAGUAACAGAGGUGUAGUAGUGUUCAUGCAGCAAACUCAUAUAUUCUCAUUUUAAUGACAUUAAGUCCUGUGUCAGUUUUAAAGAGUGUCAUGAUUAAUGAAACAACUUUGGAAAUUACACUGUCUCUAGUGAAGUAGUUUUUAACUUGCUGAUUUUUCAACAAUGUGUCUAUUCCUGCACUGAUCCAGGGUUAGGGCUGGGAGAUAUGGGGGAAAAAAUUAUCACAAUAUGUUUUUUUCAGUCAACAUCGAUAUAUAUCACGAUAUAAAAAAUGAAGUUUAACAGUGCGUAUUGGUAGCAUGUCUUUUGCACUACAAUAAGCUACUGCAUCUGUGAGGUGUUUGUGUCUCUUUGGCGUUUUGUCGUAAGGAGUUGUGCGAGAGAAAACAGACAAUGGUCGGCUGCACAGGCGCCAUGGGCUCCUUGCGCCGCUCGGGGUUAGUAACCUUUUGCAUUGCGUGUGCUCUGCCGCGUGGCGCUGCUUCAGGUGGUGAAAAAGAUUUGAGGUAUUCCCCGACUUUGCGAGAACAUGUACUCAACAUAAUUUGCAGUUCACAUAACUCUGCUUCAUGUCCGACCUCGAAAACCAAAAUACCUCCACACCACUGACAUUUUCGUGACAGUGUUGACAAUGUCCUCAUCUGUUGAGCCUUCAUCUGUAUUUCUGUUGGGGGUAGCACUCAUUUUCUUUUUCUCUCACGGACAGUGCUGUCGUCAGCACGUUUUAAAGUGCUAUGGUUGCAUGUAGCUGCAGCACGCUACUAUGUAGUUGUUUGCUACUUGGUUCUAAUUCAGCACAUGAUUGGUUCAGCACAUAACUCCCCUUUUCUUUGGCUAUUUGUAUCCCAAAACAUGGCAGUAUGCAGACUACAGAAAAGCAUAUUGAUCAUGUUUUAAAUCGAUAUCGAGGGAAAUUAAUUUUUGUUAUAUAUUGUUAUUGUUUUAUCGACCAGCCCUAUCCAGGGUCAUGAGUAGCCUCUUCAUUAUGUUGUAUCAAUAACAGCUUCCCUUGACGUCGGUCUUCACUUUUAUUCCCAAGGCUCAUUUUCACAGUUCUCACCUGUGUGCUCUCUUAUCACUUGUGUCCACAGUGCUGGGAAUGCAGCCCCCGCUCCCACCUGAGGCGGUCAGAGAGCUGGUGUGCUCCUGUCUGCACAGAGACCCCGUAGCAGCCGACCUGCGAUGUAGCCUGUUUGUCGCUGCUGCACAGAACUACAAGAGGGACUCUCUGCUCAGACCCUUCCCUCCUAGAUACAUAAGUGGGGACAAUAAGGAUUUUGAUGAGCUGGUAAUUUAUACUGUCAAUCACACAUUUAUUACUGUCUUUAUUAUGGAUGUUAAAAAAAACAAACUAUUUAAUGUAGUGGGCGAAUACAAGAAAAAAAUAUUUUUUACUUGUGUGGAUAAAACAAAUGCCCUCAACAUAGUGAAGACACUCGGUACAUACACCUGGUGGCAGUGUUGGGCUGUUAUGAAUGUCAGUAAAAUGAUGAACAAGUCUAGAAGACAAUGAUGGGCAGUAAGUUAAACAAAAGGACAGCCUUGCAAAUAGUUUAAGAGGUAAAUGUUUAAGCUUUAUGGAUUUUUCACCCACUUUUGAUUCAUUAGCUGAUUCAUGUAUCAAACUCACUGAAAUUUUAAUAUCUCUUCUUCAAUACAUCUUACUCAAUGAUCUUAGUUGUUUCAUCCAAAAUGUCAAAACUAAAGAUAUCAGGAUAAAGUCACAGAUUGGUAUUUGGGUUCCUGUUUGCCCUCUCAUAAUGACCAAAUGCUGUUUUAAAUUGGUGUUGACAUAAUUGCAGUGGCACAAAGACAGAAAUGAUUCAUCUCUUUUGGGAGAGAAAGGGAAGAUAAGGUGUGCAUAAUGAACAGGUCUGACUCCAGUUUGAUAAUUAUGAGUUACUUUUCUUCAAUAGUUGGCAGAUGUGAACUCUUUGCCCGGGGUGAGAGAGCUGGUGAGACUACAACCCAGAGAGGGGGAUCAUCAUCUGGCUCUCACACACUGGAUUCUCCUAUCAAAGAGUUUUGCUGUGAAGACACUGCAGAAAGAAGAGGUAAAUACCUUGAAGUAGAAAUACAGAAACCACAAAACCAGCCUGUUGCUUCAUGGUUUACAGUGUAAUUCUGUCAUCUCUACCAGUACAGCAAACUCUGUGACCUGACAGAAAAUGAAGGGGUUUCUGCACCUGUGCCAGACUUCCUUUUUGAACUGGAGUAUUGUGAUCAGAUGAACACCAGGUUUGAGAAGACAAGAGCAGGCAGAGACGUUUUCUAUGCAUUUCAUGGGAGCCGACUGGAGAACUUUCACUCCAUCAUUCACAACGGGCUUCACUGUCACCUUAACAAGGUUAGUUCAAUCAUUAAUUCUGCACCUUCACUUGUGAUAUUUGAUUGUGUCUGGACUCUGCAGAGCUGUGAAAGUACAGAUAUUUAGAGAAACCACAAAAUGAUCUGGUGUCUUCUCUACAUGUUGUGUGCAGAACUCAGUGUUUGGAGAGGGGACCUACCUCACCAGUGACCUCAGCAUGGCUGUGCUCUACAGUCCCCACAGCAGUGGCUGGAGAGAAAGCCUUCUGGGUCCACUGCUCAGCUGUGUUGCCUUGUGUGAAGUCAUCGAUCACCCAGAUGUGAAGUGCCAGGUGAAGAAAAAAGGUGCGUCAACAACAGUGGGGCUCAAAGAUGUUUUAUACAACAACACAUGUGUUUUAUUUACUUUAAAUCCCGCUAAUAAUUUCUCAUUUCAGAUUCUGAAAUUAUUGACCGUCAACGCUCAAGAGCGAAGAACAGUGAAGGAGGAGAAGUACCACAGAAGUACUUUGUUGUAACCAACAAUCAGCUCUUGCGAGUCAAAUACCUGCUGGUUUACUCUCAGAGGAGGCACCUGUCCAGGUGAGGCUCGCUGCUUUGCAGAUCCGUUUUGAGAAAAGUAUGUUAAACUGUGUAUUUAUAAGCCGUGUGAAAGAAACUCAAACAUAAUGAAGAGAAGCUUGGCACAGUUUGAGAACAAUGAGUAGUCUCACUCAUCUUACUCAUAGGCUCAAAAACAAACUUAAUAAAAUGAUGGAAUUGAAUUGUCAUUUUCUUUGUCUAAAAUACUGGAUCUAAACUUUAAUAUAUAAAACAGUGUAAAUUCCUUGUUUGUUUUUUUGUCAACAUGAUAACUGAGGACAUUUUGACUGGUGCUGGUGAACAAACUUCAUGUCCGGUGUUUUUUUUUUUUUUCUUUUUUUUUUUUCAGACAUUCCCGCAGCUCCUCCUGGCUGCUCAGACACCACUUUGCCAUCAUGAUGAGUCUCUACCUUCUGCUGCUCAUAUUUAUCGGUGCCUUUAACUCAACCGCCUUCAUGUCCUUUUGGAACAGACUUUUCAGGUGACAAGACAGCAUGACAGACAGCCUGGAUGUUCAUAAAUUACUGUGCCUUCCUGAUCAGAGACUGACUGGAGGCCCGAGCAAAGAAAAAGUUUUAUGCACCUUUAGACGGUUUUCCUCUACAAUCCUACUUUUUAUUCUUUGUACAAAUUUCUUUUCUUUUAUUCUUAAAUAACGUAUCUUUUUAGCGGUUACACUUUCAUGCGUUCAUUUUGUUCAAAUGGGAAAUAUGACCAUUCUGCAUUCAACAAUGUUACGCAGUGUUUCAUCUGUAAUUUGUGUGGUUUAGUAAACAUCCUGAUUUGUAAAUGAGCUCUGUCGCUGUUUGUUUUUCAUCUUUAGAGGCCACAGUCUCACUAACCAAAAGAAGAUAGAUGAGUUAUGAAAUAUCAACUCAUUAAUCAAAGUCAGCAGUGAAGUGUUCAUAUCCUCCUCUGAAG